AUGCAAGAUUAAAUAGAGUUUGGAUAUUGGAACAUCAGAGGAAUCGCCUAACCACGUAUUCAAUAAUUCUUAUUUAAGUGAGAUAUCUCUUGGAAUAUGUCGAAAUUCCAUACACCGAUAAGGUCUACAACAUUGCUGAUACAGAAUGGUCACAAGCCGUUGCCAAGCCUCCUUUGAAUCAAGAGGUUCUUGCCAACCUUCCCUACAUCAAAGAUGGCGAUAAGUGGAUCUUUGAAAGCCAAGCGCUUUAUAUCUAUAUCGCUUAUAAGGCAAAAAGGCCCGAUUUAUUGGGAACUACAAAUGAAGAGCAGGUCCUUUUAGAAUAGGUCAAAGGAGUCUUGAUAGAUUUAUAUAAAGGAUUUCGUUCCUUAAUUGCUCUACCGGAAGCAGAUUAUCCAGCCAAGAAGGAUGAAUACUUCAACACCUAAGUGUUGUGGAUAAUUGAAAAACUCAACAAAUUUGUUUAAGGCAGGACUUGGUCAGCAGGAGAGCACUUGACCUAUGUGGAUUUCUUUUUGUUUGAAGUUGUAGAAACAUUGGAAGCUUAUAAGCCUGGACUUUUGGAUCAAUUCCAAAAUCUGAGAAAAAUUCACGAUGCCCUAGCUGAAACUCCAUAAAUCAAGAAAUAUCUUGCCUCAGACAGGUUUAUUGCUAAGCCGUUUUACCCAGUUGGAAGAUGGAGAUGGUGGUGAAAUUUAUAUAAUUACAAUAAAAUUAUGAAUUUCCGAAUUCCUAAAAAAAAUA